AUGGAUACCUCGAGGGCCCACAUCGAUCCGUGGAUCGAUCCAUCAACCCCCACAAUAGUACCUUUGGUUAGCGCCAGUCCACUCGAAGAAAGCAAUUACCAAUACAAAAGCAGAUUUUUUGGAGCAUUGGCCAAGUUUGAUUACCCUGCCAGUCUUGAUGCAAGUCAUGGUAGUACGGCCGUUAAUUGGACCGAUGAUAAACUUGUUCGAUUAUCCACCCUUCCUGCGCCCACCAAGCCUCUUCAAAGCCGACACGGUUGGAUGCUCCGCCCACCGAGGUGGGGCUGCAAGCCUGCAUCGUUAUCUGGGGCUGUCUCCAGAGCCGAGGAUGUGGACAGAGACAGGUUUGGAGCUAUCGGCCUUUGGCUGCGGGCAUGGGGACUUACUCGAAGAAGCAAAAGGGAUGAGAAAACUUUGAGUGUUUCCCCGAAGCCACUUGAGUGGCUCUAG